GAAAGAUUUGCAGGAGAAAAAAAGGGAAAGGGAAAGAAGAAGAAAUGAAGAAUGGGAACAGAGAGAGAAAAGUGUUUGUUCAUGCUAAAGCUCCAAUGUCUUAAUCCAGAACAAUUGAUAGGAUGACCCUUUGGGCGUGAGGUCCUCGCGCCAAGCACAUGUUUUUUUUGCAUUGAUCAGCAACAACAUUGUCUAUUUGCAUUGAUCCAACAGCACAUGUUUAUUAGCUGCUUUUCCUGGAUCUUUGUCACCUGAAAAAACAUACCAUUUUUUAAUCCUUACCCAUAAGCUUUCCAUUUGCAUUUUCAUAUUUGGUUUUCAUUCUAAUGAUUGAAAACGUGAUCCAAUUCAAUAAAAGUUGGCAAUUUUGAAGAGGGUAGGAUCUUUUGUUUUAUUUUUUUGCUUUGGCUCAUUGUGUAUGAUCCUAGAAGAAAAAUUGUGGUUCUUCACUCUACAUCCUAGGUGGGUAUUGUAGAAUUUGUGCCUACAACAAGCACAAAUUUUUUGGUGGUGCAUGAUGAAAAAUGAAAUUUUUUGGGUUGACAAAAGGCAAUGUAGACUUAUGUGCUUGUUGGGUUUAAGAAGCAUAUGAAGCACUUUGCAAUGACAAUUCAACGUUACAUGGGGAUCACAAAGGCUUGCUUUUGCAUUGUUUUGGUUCUUGGCAUUGUUGUGGUCUUCAGCAUUGAAGAAAAGAAAGAAUCACAUGAAGAAUUCCCUAGCCAAUUUCUUGAUUCUGCUUCUGGAAUGUUAGAUGAGGACACGUUUCAUGAAUGCAGACAAAGGUAUUGAUCACUUGCUUGGAAGAUUUGAUUCAUUUAAAGAAAGAAAUUGGAGAGCAUGAUUAUUGCAUCCCACAAGAAUCACCCAGUUGCACUGGUGAAAUUAGUUCAGAAAUUGGAUCAGUAUCAAGAGAAAACAUCCAAAAGUUGAUUAAUAAUUGCCAUCCUCAGUUGAAGGAAAACUUUGUUCAUUGUUUGAGAAAAAACAAUUUUCCAUUCCAUAUCCCUCAGGAAGAGGAUGACUCCACAUUUUCUUCAAGAAGAUAUCUGGGUCAUGUCUUGCCUCAGCAUGUAUCAGAAAAAGAAGGAGGAUCAUCUGAUAAACGACAGAAAAAAAAGUCGCGCAAGGCCGCUAACAAUAAAUAUCACAAAAAGGCAUUUUAUCGCGCCAUAGCUAUAACUGCAUUGGUGACAUUUAUAGCUGCAUCACUGCUCUUUUUAUGUUGUUGUCGGUGCUGUGGGAGUGGCAAAGUAAAGCAAACUGAUGAGAGGCCCCUUCUCAGCAUGAGCAUGGGUGACUACUCCUCUAUUGGUUCUUCUUCCUACAAUAACCCAUAUAAAAAUUCAAUGAAAGAGGAAAAACUUGGGGUUCAGUCAUCAAGUAAUAAUUUGGUUGAUAAUAAGAACUCAACACAUGAAAGUCAAGAAGCAGGAGUUGGUCGUGUUGCUUCAAGGCCAUCAUUUGAUCUGAAACCUCCUCCUGGAAGGGUAGGAAAUACAAUGCCUCCUUUAAAACCUCCUCCUGGAAGGCUUGAUCCUCUUCCCCCUGAACCACCAACAUCUAAGCCUUCUGAUAAUGCCACUGCUCCUCCUCCUCCCUCUGCUCCCCCUGCACCACCAAGGCCUGGCAGUGGUAUCACUCCACCUCCUGCACCCCCACCGCCUGGUGGCGGUGGCCCUCGGCCUCCUCCACCUCCACCACCUGGUGUCAAACCCGGUCCUCGCCCACCACCACCUCCUAAGGCUGGUAUAGGUCCUCCAAGAGCUCCUCCCCGAAUUGGACCUAAGGUGGCUAAACCUUUAGGUAGUGGACCAAAGGCUCAAGGGAAUGUUGGAGCUGCUUCAGAAGAUGAAGGUGAUGAUGCUCCUAAAGCCAAGUUAAAGCCAUUUUUCUGGGAUAAGGUUCAAGCCAACUCAGAUCAAACAAUGGUUUGGAAUCAGCUCAAAGCAGGAUCAUUCCAGUUUAAUGAAGAAAUGAUGGAGACGCUUUUUGGCUAUAGUGCUGCCCCGCCGCAGAAAAACAAUGGCUCACAGAAGAAAGAGUCUUCCUCACAUGAUCAAUCACCGCAGUGGAUCCAGAUCAUUGACUCAAAGAAAGCACAAAACUUAUCUAUUCUGCUACGAGCAUUGAAUAUGACACUGGAAGAAGUUUCUGAUGCACUUCUUGAAGGAAAUGAGCUCCCUCCAGAGUUCCUCCAAACCCUCAUGAAGAUGGCACCAACAUCAGAGGAAGAACUUAAGCUUAGACUUUUCACUGGUGACAUUUCCCAACUUGGGCCUGCUGAGCGGUUCCUGAAAGCCAUGGUUGAGAUUCCAUUUGCUUUUAAACGAAUGGAAGCACUUCUUUUCAUGGGUAAUCUUAAAGAGGAACUCACUGCUACCCGGGACUCUUUUGCAAUUUUAGAGGUUGCCUGUAAGGAACUAAGAAGCAGCAGAUUGUUCCUCAAGCUUCUUGAAGCAGUUCUCAAAACCGGCAACCGAAUGAAUGAUGGGACAUUCCGUGGGGGAGCACAAGCAUUCAAACUUGACACACUACUGAAAUUGUCUGAUGUAAAAGGAGUAGAUGGCAAGACUACUCUUUUGCACUUUGUUGUGCAGGAGAUAAUCCGCACUGAGGGCAUAAGAGCUGCACGGGUGAUAAAAGAGAGCAAUAGUUUCUCCAGCAUAAAAACCGAUGACCUCCUUGAGGACGUUUCUCAAGAAUCAGAAGAACACUAUCGCGAACUCGGUCUUCAAGUAGUUUCACGUUUGAGCAGCGAGCUUGAGAAUGUUAAGAAAGCAGCAGCUCUUGAUGCUGAUAAUUUAACAGGAACAACUGCUAGACUAGGCCAUGGUCUCAUAAAAACUAGAGAAUUGGUAAACAAAGACACGAAUAGCAUAGAUCAUGAUAGAGGGUUUCAUGAGACAGUUAAGGGUUUUGUGGAGAAAGCCGAGGUUGAUGUCACGAGUCUGCUGGAAGAAGAGAAGAAAAUCAUGGCUCUAGUGAAGAGCACUGGUGACUACUUUCAUGGGAAUUCUGGGAGGGAUGAAGGGUUAAGAUUGUUUGUUAUAGUGCGUGACUUCUUAAUCAUGUUGGAUAAGGUGUGUAAGGAGAUUCAAAGAGCACCAAAGAAGCCAGUAAAAACUGUGAAACAAGAUAGUUCUAAAGGGUCUUCUACCUCAGAAACUCGUCCACCUCCUCCUGAUAUUCGCCAGAGGCUUUUUCCAGCAGUUGUAGAUAGGAGGGCGGAUGACUUUAGUAGUUCAGAUGAUGAGAGUCCAUAGGUUCAAGUUGGAAGUUGUACUGUAAAUUUUUUUGUUCUUUGGCCAUGUCCUUGUAUAGAAUUAUUAAGGGCAUGAAUUGUUGUCUAAUUUUGAAAGGGUUGUGUUGUUAAUCAUUGACCAUUUGUAUGCAUAUAGAUAGCAUGUCUGUAUCAAUUUUUAUUCCAUUGGAAUCAAUUCUGAAACUCAAGCUAUUCACAUAA